AUGCCGGAUACAAUCAAAGACUUUGACACCGUGCUGGUGCCAAUGCAGUUGGAGGCCUUUGUGCUAAACCCAGCUGUAUGCGGCAGUGGUGAAGAGGGCGAUGAUACAACACGCAUCGCACCCAUCACGCAGCCCAACUACACUUUCCUGCGACUGGACAAAUACAUGCUGCAGAAAGAUGUUCAGAACCACGCAGAUCUUCAUAACACUGCUCCUGCUAUUGUGAACCCGCGUCUCUAUGACCUCGGGAGCCGUGAUGAUGAGGGACAGCCUAAAGCUCUCCGUCAUCGUCACGGCGUGUACAUCCAUUGGAUUCUGCCUCGUUUCUAUCGAUCAGGCACAUCAGCGGGCAGCACAGUUUCGAAGCAGAGGAGGCGAGAAGAGCGCUUGAGACGUGGCUUGCAUGCUGCGCCUGGAGACGUUGAAGAGGAUGGCAGCAACGAUACGCCAGACUUUGUCCAACCGCCGACUAGGUGGAUUGUGAUUCGCAAGAUUGAAGUGGACAGCAUACAACCAGCAGAUGCGAAAUCAGCCUUUCAAGACAAAGAAUAUGAGGCGUGGGUGGUUGAUAGUGACCACAUCUGGUCACUGGACCAGAUUCCAUUGGAUAUGGACCUGCAGACGGACUUUGCGCCGUUUGUCAAAGGACACGCCGGCUCAGACAUCAAUAUUGGCGAGCAGGCCGAAGUCUUUAUCGGACGUAAGACUCCGUUGGCGGACUGGUCCGAAACACCAAAUCCCAGCGUUGAUCCGCCCAAUCUCAGCCUGCUACAGAGCGGCAACCAACUGUUCGCAGACUUCCAGAUGCACAAUACGAAUGUCUUCAGUGUGCUAGACAAUUUUGAGUACGGGGCUGGCGAUAAAGAUGGACCCAAGUAUCUGUCUUAUGCCAAAGCUAGCUAUUAUGUCCUUGGAUGGCACUGGAAAGAUGAUGUUGAUCCUUUGUGGACUUCUGGCAAGACAAUUGCCCACGGCGCCAGCCUGGCAAACCUAUUCAUGACUCUCCAAGGCGCGGAUCCUACAGACUCGUGGAUGGAGAAAAUCAGCCAGUUGCAUCUCAUGUGUCACGGUGCCAUGUACGACGUUACAUGGGAUCAUGAAAACAAGCCAAAAGAUGUGCCGGCGGAUCGGUACAAUGCUCGUCUCCGUGAUCAGGAACUAGCGGCUGUCUCUGUGGGAACAACUCCCAUGGAUGCUAUCAUCUCGUACUGCACGGCUCGCAAGGACCAUCCAGGGAUCCCCGGCGACAUUGCCAAGUUGGAAGAGUCAAUCUUGGCCAUUGACUCGCUUCUAUACGCGCGUGAUGAUGGCGUCGAGGAUCAGCGCCAAGCCAAAGAUACCAUCUAUAACUGGUCCUUUACACGCUCUCCCGGAGGUGAAAGGUACUAUUUCUCCGGAAAUGAUAAUGACGGAAAAUCAGACAAUCAGCCAAUGGUACCGGAGAGGGAAGCCAUCCUUGCGCUCCGCGACUUGAAUCAGACCAAGAAGCUCCUCGAUGCGUGCCGUUUUGCAAUGACUCAGUAUCGCUGGGACAUGUUCUCACUGUGGUGGAAGUUUGUCAGCGAUGCUGGCAAUGAUGGCACUGAUCCCACCGCCCCGGCAUUCCUUCAAAAGGCCAAAGAUCUAUCAGAGCACAUUUCUCGCCUCAAAGACCGCAUGGAGGAGCUGCAGCAUAAGAUUGAUCUUAUGUUGGACCCUCCGAUCGCCAUCCAUGGGACGAACUUUUUGGCGACAGCCAAACCUGCCAGCAUGCCUGCCUAUUGCCGGGCGAACAAUCCUACUGUCCUCAUUGGAGGCAUAGAGUCAGGCUGGCCGACGGACUAUCUGAACAGAGUUUCUGUCCGAGCACCAUAUCAGGUCAUUCCCUCGUCCGCUGCCUUACCCGAGUCCUUGAACAAAGUUUUGGCUCUAUUUAAGGAAAUGCCUCCAUUACUUAAGCAGCACGCAAUUGAUCUAGCGACAGAGUUCUAUGCUCUUCGUCCUGGCGGUGGCGAUUCUGGCACGGCGCCGGAGUCCCGCUUCUACCCACAGUUCCACGACAAGACGAUUGAUCCCGAGACUCAAAUUGAGCGCUGGCGGGAUCAGUGGUCAGAGCGACAGCCAUGGUUCCCGCUAUUUGUGGAGUGGGAGAUUGAGUACGACCACAUUCCCUUUGAGUAUUGGAACUUGGACGAGCACACAGCUCGCCUAUCGGCCAACGUACUCUCUCGUUAUGGCAUCACUGUGAAACCAAGGGACGGCAAAGAAGCUCUCCCACUUUGGGACGAUCUGAAGAUUUCCCAGGGAGAUAAAGGUCCAGAUACACGCAUUCUAUCUGGGCGCUCACUCAUAUUACCGCAGCCCAGCUUCUCGCUUGAGGCUAAGGUAGUCCAACUGUUUGAUAAUACUCCCGAAGAUAUCUUGAACAAGUACUUGACCAAAGAGGACCGGUGCAAUUUAAAGAAUAACAUGCGCAAGCUGUCAUAUCUUUCUUCUCCGCUCUCUGGCUUGUUUGAUGGGUUGGUCACCCAGGCAGAAGGCAGCCAUGUGAAGCCCGAGAACAAGUUCGUCGGUCCCGAAGGCGAAGUCAGCGAAGCAAUGGUUGAAGCUGUCAUUGAAACUGCUGGUUUGACAAAACCCAACCUGGAAAUGAUCAUGGGCAACUCUGCCCUCACGCCGUAUGCGGCACAGCAGGAUUUUGCAACGGAUAAAUGGAAUCCCUUCAAGCCAGUCACACACGGGCAGUUUAGAUUCCGCAAGCUCAAUGUCAUUGACAAGUUUGGGCAAGCUCUGAUGGCCAUUGACCAGAAGCCGCGAGUGGAUGGACCGCCACCAAUCUACCCCUGCAUCAGUGACUUUUACGAGCCACAGACCAUCGAGGUAGACGGCAAACUCUACGCUAAUACGGUGAUCAAAGAUGAGGCCAAGCAGUGCGAAUUCCUGCAACUGCCGCCUCAAAUCAACCAAAAUGCUCGUCUAAAUGCCGACUUUGUCAAGCGAAUUGCUGACGAUCCGCCUGACAUGAAAGAGGGACUGGAUGAAGGUGCGAAUGGAGCUACUUGGCGUCCGGCAACAGAGUGGGAAAACCCAAUCUGGGGCUGGGUCAUUACCAAUUACGCCGACUUUGGCAUCCAGCUCUUCUUGCCAGACGGUACUUUCUACCGCGAGGUCCGCUUUGGAGGGCCCCUUGGCGCAUUGGAUGCUCCCAAAUGGCUACCUUUUGCACCAUCCACGGAUCCUCCGACGCCAGAGACCAGGCAGCUUGAUGCGUUGGCUAAAGAGCUUAAUGAUCCCUCAUAUUUGGAGGGAUUCUGGUAUAUGAUCACAACUGCUCAAUCAAAGCUGGCCGCUGCACCGACCUCUUACGCAUCGUUUCUCAAUGCCAUCGUGGGCAAACCUCUUGCCUUGGUCAACAUGGGCUGGUCGCUUGAACUUGAAAGCCAACCUCUGCAGACUCAAACCACCAAGAGCCCCCUGACGGCCCCCGAGCGCCUGUUGACCAAGCCAGAUGACGACGACGACGAGUCGCCAUAUUACAAGUUCCAGAUCCGCUUUGGCGACCGUGAAGCUGAAUAUGAUGGCCUUGUGGGCUAUUUUGACACCACUACACCGAAGUCAGAUGAACUCAAUCUGAGCAAGGUCAAGACAUUUUUUGCGCCAGAGGAGGGUGAGAAAAAACCGCUAGAGCGUCUCAACACUACAAACUAUCCCCUCUUUACACCUUUCUGGGAGGCUCCAUUUCCUACUCGAGCACCGUACGAUAAUGAAAACUUGAUUGUCAAGCCGGCAGCAUUUGAUGAUCGCCGCAACGCGCGCAUGUCCGUCUUUGGCGCUAUUAUUGACCCGUUCACUCCUGUGCAAGCCUAUUCAUCAUUUCUGCCACCCGUUUCGCUGACGUUGCCUCACUGGAGCUGGCAAAGCGCCAUGAACACCAUGACCGCAUUCUUUCACGCGGGGCCUUUGACCAUACCGCUGAAUGACGUUCCAGAAUAUCAUGAGAAGGAACUUCUCACUAGCAAAAAUGCUAGGGAUAUGCCGCUGCGAAAUCUUCCCCUGCCUUCUCUGGGGCCGGGAGAUUGGUCCUUUUUCCAGCCUUAUGCGCAGCCGUCUGAGGAAGAGGAUCCCCAGCCCAAGUUCAAUCCGUUUGGUAUUGAAAAGACGGGUAACCUCACCAAGCCUGGGCUGCAAAAGGGUCCGUAUACUGCCAUUGAGGGAUUUUUGCAGUUGAGAAACCCAAUCAUGAUGCCCAAACCGAAGCAGACCGCUUGA